AAGCCGAGGCGGCUGCUGAGAGCGGCCCGGGCAGCACCCCCGCGCCGGGGCCCGCCGCCGCCGAGCGGGAGGAGCUCUUCCAAACCUCAUGCAAAAACCUGCUCAGCUAAUCUCCUGCAUGAUAAGUGCUGGUUAGCCUGGUGGAAGGCUGUCACCAUCCCAAGUCCAAGAUAAGCUUUACUGGGGGAGAAAUUUAUCUGUGGAGAAGGAGAAGACAUUUCCUGAACGUAGCAUCUGUUGGCAUCUCCAGAGCAGUUUGAUGCAUUAGAGCAACGCCCCGUGAAACAGUCCCUGAGCGCUUGCAUGUGCCGAGAGUCCCACUGGAAAUGCCUCCUCCUCUCCAUCCUCAUGUAUGGCUGCCUGGGUGCAGUGGCCUGGUGUCAGCUGGCCAGAGUCACCAAGCUCAGCUUCGAUAGCUCCUUCAAGGGCAAGUCUAUGAUCUACCACGACAGCCCAUGCUCGGAUGGCUAUGUUUAUAUCCCACUGGCCUUCCUCUCCAUGCUCUAUGUGGUGUACCUGGUGGAGUGCUGGCACUGCCACGUCAAGAGGGAGCUGCAGUACAAGGCAGACGUGGACAGUGUGUAUGAGUGCAUCAGCCGCAUGCAGCAAGCCACCCCGUGCAUCUGGUGGAAGGCCAUCAGCUACCACUUCGUACGGCGAACCCGGCAGGUGACCCGCUACCGCAACGGCGAUGCCUACACCACCACACAGGUGUACCACGAGCGGGUCAACACACACGUGGCUGAAGCCGAGUUUGACUACUCUCACUGUGGAUACAAGGACAUCUCCAAGGAGCUCCUGGGUUUGGAGAGCUAUACAGCCACCAAGCUGAGGUUCACCAAGUGCUUCAGCUUUGCCAACAUUGAGUCUGAGAACUCUUACUUGACUCAGAGAGCUCAUUUCUUCACGGAGAUCGAGGGGCUAGAUGACUACAUGGAGGUGAGGGAAGGCAUGCAGCUCAAAAACGUGGAUUUUAAGGAGCUCAUGAUGGCCUAUGGAGACCCAGAUCACCUCCCGUGGUACGUGUCCCAUUAUGCUUUCUGGGUGGCAGCUAUCCUGAUGAUCUCAUGGCCGCUCAGGGUGCUCAUAGAGUAUCGGACUGCUUACGUCCAUUACCACGUGGAGAAGCUGCUGGGGCUGGAGUACAGGGCACCCACGGCGGCCGAGGAGCCCUUGUACCGGUACCGCAUGCCCCGGGAUGCCACGCAGGACAGCACCGAGCUGGAGUGGCACAUCUGCACCAACCGGCAGCUGAUCCCCAGCUACUCGGAGGCCAUGCUCAUGGACCUGGCCAGCUCCCCAGCCUACAACAGCUACACGGUGUGUCGGUACGGCGACACGGCCCACGGCUGCGAGCGCUGCAACCGUGCCUCCAGCACCUCCUCCAUCUUCUCACGCCACGCUUUCCACAGCUGCAGCGGCAACUCCCGCCUCUCCCUCAACACCAGCCGCUUCUCCCUCUGCCGCGUCCACGGCUCCCACAGGACAGGCCUCUGGAGGAGCCGCAGCAGCAGCAUCGCAGACCGGGGCUGCCAGGAUGAGCAGUGCUGCUCCUACUCCAGCCAGCUGGCUGUCAACGAGAACCCCCCAACCUACCACGAUGCCCGCUUCUUCCCUGUCCUGAUCGUGCACAGGCCAGAGGGGCAGGACAGGCGGCAUUUCUACAUCAGGCGUUCCUCCUGCCUAGAAACCUCUCUGUGACAGGCCUCCAUGGGUACUGGGCUCCUCUGCUCUGGGACAGGGAUUGCAGAGGUGGCACCAGUGGGGAGCCUGCAGGCGCCGGGAUGGGGUGACCUGACUGCAGCAGGUCAGCUGGACCAAUUUCAGCUCUUCCCCCUGCCAUUGCAAGAGGACACAGAGACUCUGAGCAGCACCCAACCUCAUUUGCAAGAUUUUCUCCCCUUCCACCUGGUCUCCCAUGUCUUUCUUUUCCCAUUCCUCUAACUCUUUCACUCCUCACCCUUCCUCUGCUCCUUGAUUCCCUGCCUCUCCUCCCAUCCCACCCUCAUUCUUUUUUUAACAUUUCAGUCACAACAUUUGAUUGUUGUGGCUGCUGGAGGAUUUUAAAUGCUUGUGCUUUGCCAGUACAUUUGCCCUCCUGGAUGCUUUGCAAGGUAAGAACCUCAGAUAGAGCAAGGCACACAGCCAGUCAGAGUCAAGUCAGAAGGAGAAUUCAGAUCUGCAGGCGCUGAGUCACCUCCUGCAAACCCCAAACUAGGUGCUUUUUUAAAAAUUUUAUUUUCCCCAAUCCUUUUUUCCUCUUCUUCUGUCAUUCAUUCUCUCCUUUGUUCAUGUUCUUCUUCUCUCACUUCACCCUCAUCUUCCUUUUUUUCAGUUCUCUCACUUCUGCUUUCCAGUUUUUCUGGGGUUUUGCCAGUGAGGAUGUCUUUCAGGGUGUAAUUAUCUUCCAUUGGGCAGAAAUACGGUAUUCAUGGCACAAAUGUCACUGACUGCUCACACAGCCACAAAUGAAGCCCCUGAGAAGUGCUGAGGACUUUCUUUCAGGAGCAGUGAUAUACACCCAUACAGCGAAAUGCCCUUUGCUCACGCUGCCCUGCCUGGUCUGCAGCAGAGACGCUGCUGCAUUUCCAGCUGUAGUUUACCUUGCCCAGCUCCACCCCUGAUAGCAAUCGUUGAGAGCCAUAAUGUAGAUUAGUGCCCUGUUAAUGCCACUAUUUUUAGGACAGUAGGCCUGGUUUGUGGUUGUUUCAUUCCCUCAACUUGACUGCAGCAGCACAGGCUUGACGAGGGGAGAGGGGCUGGAGAGGGAAAGGUAAAUAUGGUAUUAACCCUCCCACAGAGAGUCUGGAGCUGUUAGGAAGUUCUUCCACCCACAGUGUCUAUUACAGCAGUUGUAGGACUGCCUACAUUACCUUGCAGCUUUCCGUGUGCCCUGAGGAGAGCUUUUGGUCUGUAGCCCACUUCACCUUCCCAGACGAGAAGUGGUGCCACCCCAGCCCCAGGCAGGGAGCACAGCUGAGAGCCAGCCCCACUGGCCACUCCAGCUGGGGCUCCAGGCUCUUCCUGCAAGUGUUCCCCUGGAGCAGGUGUGGCACCUUCCAGAAUCAGUGCCAGCCUCUCCAAAUCCAGAAGAUGUCUGGUCCUGACAGAGCACGCCACUGCACUCUGGGCUGGAGCUCUGCCCCCUCUGAGGGCCAGGGGCUGCUCCAAGAACCUUGUGGCCACUGAGGACCCAGCAGGGACCUCGCACCUGCCAAACCUCCCUCCAUCCCACAAGGGAUGGUUGUACCCUGAGCAAGCUCCAUAGCCUUUUGUCACGUGGCUGGUGGAGAUUAUUACCACUCUGACUCACAGGAGAAUGCAAUACAAUCGCAAUACAUACGGUCACUUUCAAAACCAGUGUUGUCUCACCCUGCCUUACCUUCAGUAGGUAACAAACUGAGCCCCCAGCGGGGCUGGCAACAAGUGCUUCCUCCCAAGACCAUUUUGUGUGUAUCAACAUGUAAUAUGAAAUUUGUAAAGUCAUAUUGAUAUGCGUAGAUUAUAUGUAACUCUGCAUACUUAUAUGGUGUUUUCUUAUGGCAUUGACUGUUGCACCAUGUUAAAUACAUUUUGGUUUUGUUUGA